AUGGAAGCACUAGUGGGAGUGACCGUGGUGGUGCAGGUGGCAGUGGUGCCACAAGUGGCCGUGACAGCGGAAAAGGAAAUGAAAGCAGUUCGCCAGUUUGCAUUUGUGGAUGAAGAAACCAGAGAGCUUCAAAAGGUAACAGUCGGGGUUACAGAAGGAGGCGAGACUCUACCAACCACAUCAUUUCCUACCUUCCAACCAAGUCACCAACCUACUGACAUGCCAUCAUCAACUCCAAUCAAUGUGCUUUCAGGUCAACCAACUGCAGUUCCAAGCCUAAACCCCAGUCAUGCACCAUCCGAAUUGCCUAGUACAAUACCAUUAGAAGUUCCAAGUAUUGUACCCAGCGAUUCACCGUCAGAUAUUCCGUCUAUCAUGCCUAGUGAUGUCCCAACAACAGCUCCAUCAAGUUCACCUUCUGUGAUUCCAAGUGUGAUACCAAGUGAGAUACCAAGUAUGAUUCCAAGUUUUGCUCCCUCAACGCUACCAUCAUUUGUUCCCUCAGAGACACCUUCCGCUGUUCCCUCCCUUGUGCCCUCCGAGACACCUUCAUUCCUUCCAUCUUUUGUUCCAUCGGAGACACCUUCAUUUGUGCCAUCAUUUGUGCCAUCGCUGAUGCCGUCCAGGGAACCGUCCUACAGUCCAUCCAAUGCACCAUCAGCACUUCCCUCCUCAUCUCCUUCCAAAUCUCCAACGCCUCAACCGACACCACCGGCACCCACGCCAGGGCCCAACGGAAGUUCUUGUACUAUUCCAUCGCAAUGUGAAUCUGGUUGUUGUGAGAAAUUCCCUGUAUCAAAUGUAUGCUACGAGCCUAAGAUAACAAACACUUGCUACUGA